UACAAAAAACCUUGAAGCGUUAACUGCAUAUAUGACACCUAAAGAAAACAAAGAAAUUGAUGAAAAAAUUCUUCAAGAAUUGGAGUGUCCUGUAUGUAACCAACAUAUGACUCCUAUAUUUAUUUGUAAGACGGGACAUAGUAUAUGCAGUGAUUGCAUGAAAAGAGUUUCAUUAUGCCCUAAUUGUUGUGAUUCAUUCUCCAGAACCAGAAAUUUUACUUUAGAAAAACUUACGUCUAGAGUAAAUUAUCCAUGCCGUAACAAAGAUCAGGGUUAUUCAUUUGUGACAACUUCUGACAAAAUCCUUAGUCACCAACAGAACUGCGAACUCUCAGAGCAUCCUUGUGUAUUCAAGUGUGGCUGGCAAGGCCAACGAUUCUCCAUAUAUAAUCACUUAAAACUAAUACAUCCGCAGUCAUUGUGCGGUGUGAACAACUUACAGAUCUGUGAUACUAGAGAUAAGGAAAUGUUCUAUUUUUUAUAUGAAUAUGGCCAGUUGUUCAUAUUUAGCCUUAGACAGGAUGCUCCCAAUAGCCCCAAGAAAUUUAACGUUCAGUAAGUUUGUUCCUCUGACAAUCAGCCAAAAUUUUAUUACCACUUACAGAUAAUUGAUCACUCAUUUAAUGGUUUAAAUUUUAGUUUUACUAAUUUUUGUAAACCCCUAACUGAU